CAGCACCUGGACUUCCGUUUUUGUAAAAAAACUCAAUCAGGCCUUGAAAAAAACCUGAAAGUUACCCAUAAGGUGAAGGGUCAAAACACACUAUAGUAAGGGAACACUGUAACGGAAAACAAACUGGAAGAGCACAUUCCCAAAAGUCAAUACUCCUAUUUUCCGUAGCAUCAUUUGGAUGUCACCUGCGCAACUGUGAAUGCACCUGUAGUAGAAAUACUCACCUCCACUACUGCUCUCUGUGCCUUGCUCAGGGAUAUCCCGCCCUCUUUGCCCAGACUAAUUUUCUAUUGGAGGUUUGGAUUAGUGACUGACGUCUGUCUGGCGCACCUGAGCGUCACUCAUCGGCAAAGCUCAGUACAGUGAGGUGGGAUCACAGCAAGCCGACAAAGUAGGGCAAAGAAACAGGAAUAGCCGAUUUUCUCCUCAACCCGACGGUUCGUGGGUCUGCUUUGCUUGUGAGGAAUAUUUUAAUAGCAAAAAUAACGACACACGGAGAAGGACUCGAAGCUGCUCGAAUCUACAGCGUGACGGAUAUUUUCCCGUGAAAACCUUCACCCAUAUCCGUAAUCCAAGCCCACGCCGAAUGGAAUAGUCUGCCGAAGAGAUGGUUCCCUGAAUAUUUGUCUUGUUUUGUAUUUUUGCCCUAAACUCGCUAUGGUGGACUCUCCGACCAUGAGGAAGUCUUUUGUGGUCCCAGAGAUAAAACCAUUGGACUUGUAUGACAGCAAUAGAGCGAAAAUAUGCGCAAGUGUCGGCUGGCUGUUGGCAAAGUCCUACGGCAGUGCAGAAAAUGUUCCUGGAGAGCUGAGUGAUCCCUUCUACUGUGACCAAUAUGAACAGGAGCACCUUAAACCCCCAGUCAUGCGUCUUCUUCAGUCCUCGGAACUCUACUGCCGCACAUACAGCCUUCUACUAGGUGAAACUGGAACUGAUAAACAGCCCAAAGACAACGUUGCCUUGCUGGAGCUGCUCACUGAGAAAGGCAUGUUCUACAAAGAUGAGACGCAAGUGACCGAUGCAGACCUCCGUCACAAACCCAUUAAAAUGAAUGCUCACCUUGCAGUAAUAGACGCCCUGAUGGCAGUGGGAGGCAUGGAGACUGUGACAGUGGUGAAGAAAUGUGCCUCUGCUGAGCUGCUUGGUAGAGCUACCAAAUGGGAAGAUGCUCUCCUUCAUUGGAUUAAUGUAUUAAAUCAGAAACUUCGAGAACUUACUGAAGAUUCCCAGGAGGAUUCACCUCAGGCUACAGAAACCCAACCUCUUCAGCCCACUUGUCCUACUCGGUGGUACUGGAAACUUGUUCCUCUGCGCUACAGAAAGGAUAAUAUUCAGUCCAAACAAAAACCUGUCUUUCCUGUGGUGAAUGAAGUCAAAGAUUUGUCCAGUGGUAGUGCUGUUGCUGCUGUAAUACAUUACUAUUGUCCUGGCCUGCUAAGACUUGAAGAUGUUUGUAUGAAGGAUUCCAUGUCGGUACCAGACAGCCUAUACAACCUGCAGUUCAUCCGGGAAUUCUGCGACAGCUGUCUAAAAUGCUGCUGUCACUUAACAUUGGAAGAUAUGCUGUAUGUACCAAAAGAGCUCCAGUGCAAUUUUCUGAGCUUCCUAGCUGAACUGCUUAGCUGUUUUGAAGUUCAAAAACCAGACUUUGUUCAGCCACUUAACUCACUGGUAGAUGGAGCCACACCAGAAAAAUUAAGUGGCCUGCGCAGCAGCAGUACCUCCCCAUCAAUUUUCAAAAAGCCCUUUCUCCCCAUCUCUUCACCUGCCUCAGGAUCUUUGACUCAGUCUACCUCAAUGUCUCAUAUAGAAGGAGUUGGAAAGACUUGGAGCAAAAAGUCUCUGAGCCGCCCAUUGUCUGCAGUGUCCUUUAGCAUUCCCUUUGGCUUGGACAGUGAUGUAGACAUUGUCAUGGGCAACCCUGUAAUAACCCGAUCUGUAAGCUCGGACCAGCUAAAUCCAGCAGCCCAAAGCAGCAUUCGUACUCCUUACACCCCUCCUGAAGACAUUAGUCAUGUGCUUAAAAAGCCCCUGGGCCCAGCUGGCCCACAGAGAUCUUCCUGGACGAACCAACCAACCUCCAGCGUUCCAAGGUUGGUUGAGCAGAAUGGUCUUGUGGGGAGCGAACCAGGAGAGCUGCCUACAAUUGAGGAAGCUCUGCAAAUUAUCCACAAUGAGGGCAAGCUGGAGCCACGUUUACAUCCGGACGGUGCCCCUGACGGCUUCUAUCUCCACUCUCCUGACGACCCCGCCAGUUUAAGGCACACAGUCAACUUAGCGGCCAUUAGCAGCUCGGCCCCUUCAUGCUCAGCAAUGACACACCGGCCGUUGGAUUCCAAAGAGCCUACUCGCACCAGAAACACUUCUGAAUGUUCGCGGGAUGAUGAUUCAGUCUUGAGAGAUGGAAGUGUGGACUCAGAUGCAUCCGAAGACAUGCCGAGGACACGGUCCACUCCCGCCACACCUGCUGCUAGUGAAUUUGAUAGUGGUGUGAAGCUGACCAGCUUUGCAGAGCGCAAAAGGAAGCAAAUUGCAGGUUCUCCAAAAGCCACUGAAUCUCCUCAGAUGACCUCGUGGGCAAAAAAAUCAGAGGACAGUGACGGCAAAGGUUCAGAACUGAAUAAUGAGGUGUCUGAACUGGGGGCAAGACUUGAGGAAAAACGCAAAGCAAUUGAAGCUCAGAAGAAACGCAUUGAGGCCAUAUUUGCCAAGCAUCGACAAAGACUGGGUAAGAGUGCCUUCCUGCAGUUAAAGAAAGAACAGGAUGAAGGUGAAGGAGAGGGAAGCAAUGGAAGAGUCAGUACUUCAGGCACAGAAGAAGAGCUGGCUAACCUAACACUUGAAGAAAGGCUAGCUCGUAUGGAGGAGGAUAACCAACAAGUUCAAGAUGAGCAGCACCCUAUAGUGAAGAAUGAAGGUAAUAUGAAAGAAGAGCUCAGCAAAUUCUUCAAUCACUCCCAAGACAAGGCUGGUACACAAUGGGAGAAAGAUGCAGUGAAACCAGAUAAAAUGGUAGCUCCUCUGGGAGACUACAACAAUGCUGUGUCAAAGUUGACUGCUGCUCUGAGCUCCCUGCAAAGUGACAUGCAGCGCUUGACUGAGCAGCAGAACCAGCUAAUCAUAAAAAAAAAUCCUUCUCCUAACAAUAAGUCCUGGGUUAUACCAGCCAGUCCCAGAACCUCCACACCGGCACCUUCACGCAUGCAUCGAGAAUCUUACCGAAGUUUGAAUUCGGCCUCCUCCUCUCCAUCUCCAUCACGAAGAAUCACAAACCACACCACUCCAACUAAGUCCCCUCAAGUCCAACGCAGAACCCAGUCUGUGCCCCCUAAAAGCCCAAAACACCACCAGAGCAGCCGCACACUAGACAGUAAACCACAAGCCCUUUCAAGGGUUCUCAAUCCUCCUCAAAAUGUUGACCGAAUCCCCCACCUACGUCGAGUGGUUCCCCGGCAGUCCCAAAUCCAGACCUCCUCUUCCUUCUCCAUCGGUGACUCUGGCAGCUUGGAUGAUCUGCACUCAGCAGGAUCAACUCCCAUUGCCACACCAACACUUACUCCAGUACAAACCCCAACACCGCGGUCCACUGUAGACGAUUCCCUGUCUGAGGUAGGCUUUAACGAUGACCAGAGCAUAUUUAGCAUGGACCUAGAGGCUGGUUCUUUGGAUGGUCAUGCAGCUAGGAAGGAAGGUGGUGUAGGCGGAGGCUACAGCUCUGGUGCUCCAUCGGAGUGCUCUUUUGAGAGCGAUGUCCCUACAGGAAUGGUGAAUGGCAAACGCAGUAGCCUUAUUGAGAUCCCGCUAUCUGCUCUGCAAGAUGGAGAAGCAGAAGAACAUCUUCCUGAUGCCUUCCGUACUGACUCCGUAAAUGACCAGACAGAAUCUGAGUUGAAAGGAGGGGUGGGUUUCUUUUUCAAGGAUGACAAGGAGAGGCCAGAGGACGAGAUGGCGCAGCGAAAGGCAGCCUUGCUGGAAAAACAACAGAAGAGAGCAGAAGAAAUGAAACGGCGUAAACUUGAACAGGAAAAAGAAAAAGAAUCAAACAAGCCUCAGUGGAUGACCAUUGAGGGUUGGGGUACUAAGAGUGAGGACAGACCCCAGACUCCUGGCACGCCUCCAGCAGCAAAAACCACUCCAGUGGAAGGAACACCUCAGCGCAGAGGAGAAUUCACCAGGCAGGAGUAUGAACGGAGACAACAGCUGAAGAUCAUGGAAGACCUGGACAAGGUGCUGAGACAGAAACCCACUACAGUCCGUGGUGUCAAGAAGCAGAGACCAAAGACUGUGUUCAGAGAUGACUCCAUGCUUUCUCAAAGCCCUGCCAAGGGCUUCAUGGGCACCAGGCUGAACAAAGUGUACUCUCACUCAUCCAUGAACCUGUCUUCCAUGGCCAAUGACCUGUCUGUAAGGAAGUCUCCAAGCCGUUCACACUCUCCGUCACGGCACAGAUCACCAGGACGAUCAAUUGCCCUUAACGGAGAGAGAGACUGGGAAAAUGGCUCCACCAUUUCCUCUCCAGCCUCAAUUCCAGAAUACACAGGACCAAAGCUGUACAAGGAGCCAAGCUUUAAAUCAAACAAGUUCAUCAUUCAUAAUGCCAUCAGUCGCUGCUGCCUGGCUGGAAAAGUCAAUGAACCUCAGAAAAACAAGAUUGUUGAGGACAUGGAGAAGAGCACUGCCAAUCAUUUCCUCAUCCUCUUUAGAGAUGCCAGCUGCCAGUUCAGAGCAGUUUAUACCAUGAACCCUGAAACUGAAGAAAUGGAACGUCUCACUGGCAUUGGCCCCCGCGUUGUCAUGCCGGAGAUGGUAGAAUCUAUUUACAAAUACAGCUCUGACCGCAAGCAGUUCACUGUCAUACCAUCCAAAACUAUGUCCAUGAGUGUAGAUGCCUUUACCAUCCCUGGUCACUUCUGGCAAAAGCGCCCAGGGACGCCCAAGAAGCUCGCCACCCCCAAAUAAAAUCACACAGAGGAUGGGUAGAGAACUAAUCUUUCAGGGAAAUGACUUCUAUUGCGCUAUAUUUUUGUCAGUAAGGCACGUGAAUGCAGUUAUUAGUUGAAUAGAUGAACAAUGGACGCUGAAGAAAACAAUCGAGAACAGUCCAGCUAACAUUACAUGCCAAAUGUAUGGGCCAGUCACUUAUUCGUUCAGACGCCGCAGCAUCGUUGUCUUGUUUCUGAUUAGUCCCACAUUGUCAAAAGGUUUCAUUUUGUUGCUUCCUGCCUAACUACACCUUGCCUUACCCUGCAGCCCCUCCCCUCUCUCUCUCUCUCUCUCUCUCGAGAUUUGUUUUUAGCUCUUUGAUAAGAGGAGAGAACCAGUACUGCCUUCGCCCACUCUACAGUAUUUUGGUCCAGAGUAGUUCUUGACCCUCUUUAUUCUGCUUGCAUUUCCUGUUGCUGCCUUUUCUUUGAGCUCUCCAGUCUGCUGAAAAAAAAGUGGCUCAGUACUGCAGGUAACUGCUAAACAAUGAAUGUAAGACACCUACUAACCACUCAUUCUGUCAGAGGUGAUUAUUAUUGGUUACUCAGGACCUAAAAUCACCAGACCGGCUGGUUUCGCUGCAGGCUGCACAGGUGGUGGGGCCCUGUCCACAUCAGUAGGUUUGUCAACCAAGCGACUGCUUGUGCCUCCAUAGUUUCUCCCUAAUACCUCCAGCUGCAGACAUCUGGAUGUUUUUUUAUUCUAAUGAAUGUGAUUGUUGUUGGGCAAACCACUAUGACUUUAUAGGUUGAAAGAAUAACACAUUUUCCUCCACAUUUACCUUCUCAUUUCUAAAUGUUAAAUUAAACUGUUAUGGCAAUUUUUAAACCAAUACUGGAAACAUGAGGGAGGGGCUUUUCUUCAUGUUUGAUAUUAUUUAGGGACAGCUAAGUGUGAACGUAAUAAUCAGUGCUAAUUUAAUUUAAUGAAUGCCGAUUACUAGGAUUUUGUUUUUCUCUGAUGAUGAUUUGUAAAAAUUGACUUUGUAAGCUAUGGAUAACCUAGCCUGCUGCUUGAACAUUAGUGAGAUUUGUCUUUGAGAGGAGAAUGAGUGAAUGGGAAUAAAUAGUUAUUGUCAAAUAGACUAAGCUUGCCUAAAUAUUUUGUCUACUGUAGGGCUGAAUAAAUCUUCGAGGUCAUCGUGUGAUAGUUCUUUGUCUGUAUGUGUUUCCACAGAGUGAGGUUUUUUUUUUCUGUGGGCAGUAAUUGUCCACUAACUAACUGAAGGACGUUAACCUGUGUUUCUGAGUCUCCAGCAUCUGCUCCAGCACGGGCGGUGAUGCAGCUGUUACUGCCUUUGAUGGGUGGAGCAAAGUGUGUAAAAUAAAAAUAAAAGAGGUGAUUGAGUGUGUGUGUGUGUGUGUGUGUGUGUGCGUGCGUGUGUGUGUGUGUGUGUGUGUGUGCGCGUAGAUGAUUUCUUUGGUUGUAUUUAUGUUUGUAUAGAGAACUGUGUGGUAGUCAACACUUUAAAUUGAUCAUGUGCAAUUCUCCCUUCCCUUUUAAAAUCCUACAACACACAAAGGUGUAUUUAUUCAGUUUACAUUAGAUGUUUCAUUUGAUAUUUAGUUUCAGUUUCCACACAUCAUUUUGGUUUAGGUGUUGUGUCACUCAUUCAUUUCAUCGCUCAUUCAUCACGGUUUCUUUUGUGCCAGCAAUUGUUUAUGUCCUUUGUAUUGAAUGAUUGUCCUUUAAACUGGACCAGACAAAUAAACUCCUUUUUGAACCAUUUACAUA